AUGCAAGAGGUUGAGUCGUGGAUUGAUUUAUGCCCAAAUUCCUCAGAUGGAGCGCAGAAUGACUCGAUCGACGCGUUGUUCGGAUGCUCCUCCAGGUUACCCAAGCUGAUGUGCGCCGCUUCGCAACUACAGAAGGCCGCCUACGAUGCUGAAAUCCCCCUCGAGGAGAUACACAGGCGGUCUGAGAACCUCCAAAAGGCAAUUGAAGCAACGAAGAUGAAGGAUACCUCGAAUCCAGUCAUUUCAAUCCUGUGCGAUGGUGCUCGAGAAAAGUACUCGGCCACGGUGGGAUUGGAGCAAGAAGAGCUGCGCCGGCGGAUGAUCGCCACCGCCGAAAUAUUCAGGCACACGUCACACCUAUAUGUUUAUCGAAUUACUUAUGGCGUCGAAGAGCCACUCACGUCGGAUAUGGAGGAGUCUCUUCAGACAGCACUUCAACUUCUGACGCAGGUUCCAGAUGCCCUUGGCCCAGGAGCUAACCUAGGUUGGUGUUUGGUGGUGCUUGGGGCGGAGCUUGAUCUCCUAGAUCAGCGCGACUAUAUUCGUUCCAGAUGGUACAGCAUGCACCUACUUGGAAUUUACAAUACCAAGUCUGGCGAAAAGAUACUCGAGGCGGUAUGGAAUCACCGAGAUCUCGUCCGUAGUGGUCUUGCCACACCAGCGAGAUGGCAAGAUAUUAUGAAGGACAUGGGGGAACAUCAAAUCUUGGUCUGA